UUCCUCAUUAGCGAGGAUCGUUUAGUCCAGCUACGRUAAGCCUACCACAGCAUUCCCCCCUCCUCAUAAUAUAUUAGUGUCUCACAGAUGUCGAAGCCCCCUCCUAAACCGGCCAAGCCAGGCCAAGUCAAGGUGUUCAGAGCGUUGUUUACCUUCGACCCCAGAACACCAGAUGAGUUGUACUUUGAAGAGGGAGAUAUUUUGUACAUCUCAGACACAAGUGACACUAAUUGGUGGAAGGGGACAUGUAGAGGAAGGACGGGACUGAUUCCAAGUAACUAUGUGGCCGAGCAAGCUGAAUCUAUUGACAAUCCUAUGCAUGAAGCAGCCAAACGAGGCAACAUAGACUGGCUAAUGGAGUGUGUGUUGAACAACGUUGCGAUCAACGGGCUUGAUAAGGCGGGAAACACUGCCCUCUACUGGGGAUGCCAUGGAGGACAUAAAG